AUGACCAAAGCUGAUUUGGUGAACAACCUUGGAACAAUUGCAAGGUCUGGUACCAAGGAAUUCAUGGAGGCGUUGGCUGCUGGAGCUGAUGUUAGCAUGAUUGGGCAGUUUGGUGUUGGUUUCUACUCGGCUUACCUUGUUGCUGAUAAGGUCAUUGUCACCACCAAGCACAACGAUGACGAGCAGUACGUUGGGAGUCUCAGGCUGGUGGAUCUUUCACCGUGA